UGUAGAUGGUGUUACAAAAAACAGUAUUCUUGUAAAAUACAUUUAUUACAUUCAUUCAAAAGAAAUACAUAAAAAUUUACAAAAUAUACCUUUACAAGUAAACAACAACGUAAUAUUAAAAUGUAGGCAAACAGAUUUCUCUAAAAAAAGAAUGUUUUUGUAACGUAUAUGUUCGUCACCCUGUAUAAAUAAUAUCACAUCGUAAGCGAAUUGGACGACGUGACUGGUACAGUGACAAUCAUGGCUGACGAAAAUCCAUACAAUUAUUUAAUGAAGUCCAUUAAAAUUGGACUUAAGGAAUAUAAGUAUUUUGAUAUUACUAAUAUUGGAAAAAAAUAUGACAGAUUACCUUUCUCGAUUAGAGUACUCUUGGAAAGUGCAAUCAGAAAUUGUGAUAAUUUCCAAGUAAAGAAAUCUGAUGUUGAAAAGAUUUCAGACUGGGAACAUAAUCAGGCUCUUGAAGAAGGAGCAGAAGUGGCUUUUAAACCAGCUAGGGUAAUAUUACAGGACUUUACUGGAGUACCAGCAGUUGUGGAUUUUGCAGCUAUGAGAGAUGCUGUGAAAAGGCUAAGAUCUGAUCCAAAGAAAAUAAAUCCUAUUUGUCCAUCUGACCUUGUUAUUGAUCAUUCAAUACAAGUUGACUUUAUUAGAAGCAAAGAUGCCUUGAAAAAAAAUGAAGAUCUCGAAUUCGAAAGAAACAAGGAACGAUUUAUGUUCUUAAAAUGGGGUGCCAAAGCAUUUCAAAAUAUGUUGAUCGUACCUCCGGGAAGUGGAAUAGUACAUCAAGUAAAUUUGGAAUACCUAGCCAGAGUUGUAUUUGAUACGAACAAUAUGUUGUACCCUGAUAGCGUCGUUGGGACAGAUUCCCAUACAACUAUGAUCAAUGGUCUCGGUGUACUUGGAUGGGGUGUUGGAGGAAUUGAGGCUGAGGCCGUUAUGUUAGGCCAGGCGAUAUCAAUGAUAGUACCAAAAGUAGUGGGAUAUAGAUUAGAGGGAGUCUUGAAUCAAUAUGCAACUUCAACAGAUCUUGUUCUUACAAUUACUAAGCACCUUCGUCAGGUUGGAGUUGUUGGAAAAUUUGUAGAAUUCUUUGGUCCAGGCGUUUCUCAAUUGAGUAUUGCAGAUCGCGCAACAAUCUCGAACAUGUGCCCAGAAUACGGUGCAACGGUCGGAUUCUUCCCUAUUGACCAGCAGAGUUUAGCAUACUUAAAGCAAACAGGACGAACUGACGAACAUAUUAAUAUGAUAGAGAAAUAUCUUACUAGUGUACGCAUGUUGAGGAACUAUGACGACCCAAACCAAGAUCCGGUCUUCUCAGAGACAGUCACUUUGGAUUUAGCAAGUGUUGUAUCUAGCGUUAGUGGCCCUAAGAGGCCUCACGAUCGAGUGUCUGUCGUAGAUAUGAAGGCAGACUUCAGGAAGUGCCUUACUAAUAAGGUAGGAUUCAAAGGAUAUGGUUUAAGCCCUGAGAAAGUAGAUACCGUAGGUAUGUUUGAGUAUGGAGGGAAAGACUACAAACUAAGGCAUGGUUCGGUGGUCAUUGCUGCCAUUACUAGUUGUACUAAUACUAGCAACCCCAGUGUCAUGCUUGGAGCAGGUCUCCUUGCAAAAAAUGCUGUUGAAGCUGGUUUAUGCGUUGCGCCUUAUAUUAAAACAUCACUAUCUCCGGGAUCUGGAGUCGUUACUUAUUAUUUGGAGGAAAGUGGAGUGAUUCCAUAUUUAACAAAAUUAGGAUUUGAUGUCGUCGGUUACGGAUGCAUGACCUGUAUCGGCAAUAGCGGUCCUCUUCCAGAUGUUAUUGUUGAAAGUAUUGAAAAGAACGCACUUGUAUGUUGUGGUAUAUUGUCCGGUAAUCGAAAUUUCGAAGGCAGAAUUCAUCCACACACACGAGCAAAUUAUCUAGCAUCACCGCUCUUGGUAAUUGCUUAUGCCAUUGCUGGAACGGUAGAUAUAGACUUUGAAAAAGAACCACUUGGUCGUCGAGCGGAUGGCACUCCCAUAUACCUGCAAGAUAUUUGGCCUACUAGAUCAGAAAUUCAAGUUGUCGAGCAAAAAUUCGUAAUUCCGGCAAUGUUUACAGAAGUUUAUAGUAAAAUUAAACAGGGUAGCUCUAGCUGGGCAAACUUGCUAGCUCCAGAUUCUACAUUAUAUCCAUGGGAUGCAAGUUCCACCUACAUAAAGAGUCCACCAUACUUCGAAAAUUUGCAAAAGGAAUUAACAAAAAUCAAACCAAUUACCAAAGCACGCGUUCUUCUGAAUCUUGGCGACUCUGUUACAACAGAUCAUAUUAGUCCAGCUGGCAGUAUUGCACGCAAUUCCCCGGCAGCACGAUAUCUCGCAAGUCGUGGAUUGACACCAAAAGAAUUCAAUUCUUACGGUUCACGUAGAGGUAACGAUGAAGUAAUGGCACGAGGUACGUUCGCUAACAUUCGUUUGGUAAACAAAUUUCUAACAAAAGCUGGACCACGUACAAUUUACAUUCCUACUAAGGAAGAGAUGGAUAUUUUCGACGCAGCUGAAAAAUACGCAAAGGAUCAAACACCCUUAAUACUUCUUGUCGGCAAAGAAUACGGAUCUGGAUCAUCACGAGAUUGGGCUGCCAAAGGACCAUAUCUUCUUGGAAUUCGAGCGGUUAUAGCUGAGUCAUAUGAAAGAAUACAUAGGUCAAAUUUGGUAGGUAUGGGUAUUGUUCCACUACAGUACCUACCUGGGCAAAACGCAGAGACCUUAGGAUUAACCGGUUAUGAAAUGUAUGAUAUAGCAGUCCCUGAAAAUUCUGAACCUGGUCAACCAAUUACCAUUACUACGGAUGAUGGUAAAAGGUUCGAAGUAAUCCUACGAUUCGAUACCGAAGUAGAUUUAACAUAUUAUAAACACGGUGGUAUUCUAAACUAUAUGAUUAGAAAGAUGCUUUGAUAGGAUUAUUUCAAGGACCGGUGAGGUAUAGAUUAUCAUAAAAAGUUACUUAACGCAAUACUUAACUUUGGGUUUGGAUUUGCAGCAUCUAAUGUCUGAAUGUAUCCAUAUCCUUAUUUAUAACAAGAGAAGUUAAUUGUAACAAAAAUAGCUUCUGUAUUAUGAAAUAUAAAAGGGCGAAGGAACAAACGCAUUAAAUCAGUUUGAAUAAAUAUACUUAGUUUUACGUA